CGAGGUGACACCUGAUUCCUUCGUCUGCUCCUUGCCACCGGAGUCCAGCAGCCAUGAAGGGGGAGCUGUGCCUGUGCCUGCUGCUCGUCGGCCUUGCAACCUCCUGCCUCUCCAGGGCGGACGCCCAUCAGCUGGGCAGAGCCCCGGGCCCCGAUGAGCGAAGGAGCAGCGGGACUGGCCCUGUCCAGAGAGACUUGCUCGGGGCCCUGUCUCAGGACCAGAAGCUCCUCAUGGCCAAAUUCCUGCCCCACAUCUACGCAGAGCUGGCAAACCGGGAGGGCCACUGGCAUGAGGACGAUGCCCUGCGCUCCCUGCACGACCAUGACUAUCCCGGCUGGAUGGACUUUGGGCGCAGGAGCCUGUCCGAGUCCGACGAGGCCGCCUAGGAGCAGCGUCCCACAUGGCUCGG